AUGGGGACCUGUGACAUUGUGACUGAAGCCAAUAUCUCAUCUGGCCCUGACAGCAACACCACGGGCACCACAGCCUUCUCCAUGCCCGGCUGGCAGCUGGCACUGUGGGCCACAGCCUACCUGGCCCUGGUGCUGGUGGCCGUGACGGGCAAUGCCAUCAUUAUCUGGAUCAUCCUGGCUCACCAGAGGAUGCGCACGGUCACCAACUACUUCAUUGUCAAUCUGGCGCUGGCCGACCUCUGCAUGGCUGCCUUCAAUGCAACCUUCAACUUUGUCUAUGCCAGCCACAACAUCUGGUACUUUGGCCGUGCCUUCUGCUACUUCCAGAACCUCUUCCCCAUCACAGCCAUGUUUGUCAGCAUCUAUUCCAUGACUGCCAUUGCUGCUGACAGGUACAUGGCCAUUGUCCACCCCUUCCAGCCUCGUCUUUCAGCCCCCGGCACCAAGGCGGUUAUUGCUGGCAUCUGGCUGGUGGCUCUCGCCCUGGCCUCCCCCCAGUGCUUCUACUCCACCGUCAUCAUGGAUCAGGGUGCCACCAAGUGCGUGGUGGCCUGGCCCGAAGACAGCGGGGGCAAGACGCUCCUCCUGUACCACCUCGUGGUGAUCGCCCUCAUCUACUUCCUGCCGCUCGCGGUGAUGUUCGUCGCCUACAGCGUCAUCGGCCUCACGCUCUGGAGGCGCGCAGUGCCCGGACAGCAGACCCACGGUGCCAACUUGCGCCACCUGCAGGCCAAGAAGAAGUUCGUGAAGACCAUGGUGCUGGUGGUGGUGACGUUUGCCAUCUGCUGGCUGCCCUACCACCUCUACUUCAUCCUGGGCAGCUUCCAAGAGGACAUCUACUGCCACAAGUUCAUCCAGCAGGUCUACCUGGCACUCUUCUGGUUGGCCAUGAGCUCUACCAUGUACAAUCCCAUCAUCUACUGCUGCCUCAAUCACAGGUUUCGCUCUGGAUUCCGGCUUGCCUUCCGCUGCUGCCCGUGGCUCACACCCACCAAGGAAGAUAAGCUCGAGCUGACUCCCAUGCCCUCCCUCUCCACGAGAGUCAACAGGUGUCACACUAAGGAGACUUUGUUCAUGGCUGGGGACGCAGCCCCCGCCGAGGCUACCUGUGGGGAGGCGGGGCAUCCCCAGGAUGGAUCAGGGCUAUGGUUUGGGUAUGGUUUGCUUGUCCCCACCAAAACUUAUGUUGAAAUUUGAUCCCAAUGUGGCAGUGUUGGGAGGUAGGGGCUAGUGGGAGGUGUUUGGGUCUUGGGGAUGGAUCUCUUAGGAAUAGAUUAAUGCCCUCCAGCUGGAGUGAAUCCUCACUCUUGUGGGAAUGGACUAGUUCCCAAGAUAACAAGUUGUUAGAAAGA